AUGCUUAAACCGUUACUGCGUUACUGUGCAAUGCAAGCGGAGAAGGAGGUAUUGUUGAGCACUAAUGGUCCUGUAGACGAUGGCCACAUGAUAAACCAGAACAGUAAUCCGAAUAUAGCCGCUGCUGCUUCUGUCAAUGUUGCUCAGUUUCCUGCUAAGAAGCCGACUAGGCAAUGGGCAGCUUGGACGCAUCAAGAAGAGGAAAGUUUCUUCAAUGCGCUUCGUCAAGUUGGAAAGAAUUUCGAGAAGAUUACUUCUCGUGUGCAAAGCAAAAACAAGGACCAGGUUAGACAUUACUAUUACCGUCUUGUAAGGCGUAUGAACAAACUGUUGGGCCCGGAACUGAGUCUUGAUGCCAAGAACCCAAAAGACACAAAUGCUGCAAUGCUACGAUGGUGGUCUUUACUGGAAAAGUAUAGCUGCAAAGCUUCAAAACUUCACCUCAAACCCCGGAGAUUCAAGUUAUUCUUAGAGGCCUUGGAACACCAAUUGCUGAAAGACCGCAGAAAAAGCACAAGAAAACGAGCUUGCCAGGGAGAAACUUUCUCUUCCGCUGCCCUUGGAAACAUCUCAAGUAGCAGGGAAAGAGGAUUGGACAACGGUCCAUUUAAACUGAUUCUUUGCGAGAGCCAAAAUGCUAAGAAGCUAGGGCCUGGAAGAGCAUCUACUAAACAUGGUGAAAGCGUAGGAGUCAGCCUUGGUGAUGAAAAAGAAGAUACAGCUUUUGGGAGAGGUGGAAGGCAACGACGAAAGCCAGGUUAUAGAAAAUGGGAAAAGGCUGCAAUUGAUGGAGUCUCUUUGGUUGCUGAUGCUGCAGAGCAUUUAGAACGAACAUCAAUCGACAAAGAUAUGGAUGGUCAGAGAGACUUAUCUCCCACGAGAUAUUUACCCGGAAAGUCUCCACUUUCCCUAUGCUCUUCUGGUGAGGUUCCUCUCAGUGAUGCCAAUAUGCAGUUUUCUGGCAAGUUGAAACUUCAGUUGUUCCCAAUCGAUGAAUGUACUCGAAGAUCCUUGGAAAUGGACAAGCACAAUCCGCAUCUGGAACUUACUCUUAGUAAUCGCAAGAAGAUAUCUUCUGUGCUGGAACAUCUCAAUCGCAAAUGGGGAAGUUCAAGUUGUGCGUCUGGAGAACUAAUGCUGUUCCCUUACAAUGCAAGGAAAGAAACAAUAACUUGUCAUCAGAGGUGGACCCAUGAAUCUUUUCUAAGCGCAGUAGAAGUGCAUUCGAUGGUUGGAAGUCCCUCAGUUUUCCGCUUAAGGUACGGUUGGUUCGUCCAUGAUUCUUCAGGUUCUUUUAUCUCUCAAAUUCCAACCUCAGCUUCUUGUCCUUCACUCGAGGAUGACAUGAAUGUAGAUGAAGCGAAUGAGCUCAACAUGCUCCUUAAUGAAUCAGGACCCUUAUCUGUUCAUUCAAAUGCCGAACAAGCGACAUCCAUAGUACGUGCCUCUAGUGAAAUGCCUGAUCGUCCUGCAGAGACUAGAGAUAAUUAUGAACUUGCUUCACCGACUGUUACUCCAUUUGAGCAUCUGAGCAGCGGUAAUACGCUAUCAGCGGGAGAAUGGGCAGAUAGUCUUACUAACAUAAGUAUAGGUGAUCUACUCUCUGAAGUGCCCAAUGACAUAGAUAGUGAUUGUGUGGACCGACCCGGUGCAGCUGAGGGUUCACAUUGCUUCCUUCGAGACGCCACAUUUGCCUCCGACUCUUUUGAUGCUGCAAUUGCUGCUCAUAUACUAAGACACCAGAACAAGCCAAGUUCUCUACAACCGCUGACUUCUGGGUCUUCCUCUUUAUGGGGUGAUGAGGACACACGUGAUGCCUUCUCUUUUCAAAAGAAUCGUCUCGCAGAUUCCCCCAAUGCUUCUCCUGGAGGUGUUGGCAGAGUGAAUGGAGAGUCUUCUCAAUUUGUGGAGGCUGUAUCCGGGGAUGAGGAGCCUUGUGACCCUCCUGACGAUGAAGAUCCAAUGGAACAGUGUCCAACAGAACUGGAUUCUCCAGGGAAGAUCCAUUGUGGUCUUGCGGAUGUAUAUUGGCCGGACUCGUUAGGACCACUAGACCUAGACAUUAGAUCAUCAAAGUAUACAGAGGAUUUGAACCUCAGUGAGAGCCUCGGUGGUUUGAGCCGUUUGAUAGCGACAAGCCUUGAUGCGUUUCAGAACUGCUCGCUCUUUGGGUUCGACAACAAGAAGGAUAAGUCUAACAUGGUCUGA